AUGGUGGGCAUCCCCGUGGCAUUCACAGGAUUGUGUUUGUUGACAGGAACUGCCGUGACUUUAGGGAACCCAACAGAGGUAAACGACGUUGGCGCCUUGUGCCGAGACGGAAGACUUGCACUGCCAAUGCCGCUUGACCAAGAAACGUUGGCUUUCAAAUGUGGAACAAAAUUUGGACAUCUCAACCCUUCGGCCCCGACUGAAGUUUACGAGGGAGAGUCCGCGUCAAAAGAUGCGCAAAAGCAAUUAAAGCAGGUAAUCACUGAGGCUACUUUAACACUCGACUCUCCAGGCGAAGGCGAUAAGACUCUGACUGUCCCAAACAAGCACAGACCGAAACAUGAGGUUAAGUUGACGUAUGUUUGCCAGAAGGACGCUGUGGAAAAAGAACUUGCUGCCGACGUCGAUGAUGUCAGCACCGGAAACACCGAUCACAAGCAGUGUGCGGUAACGAUCACCGUCCACGGCACAGCCCCGUCGGAAGGCGAGGCGCAAAAACCCUCUGCUCCCUCUGAAGAAGAGCAGACAGACCCUCCGUCGUCGAAUGGCGUGCACACAUGCACUCCAGAAAAAGCCACGGAGAUUAGCGUAUCGGAACCAAAGUCGGAAGUGAAGAUGAAGUGCUCCGACAACCGCAAAUUCAACCCAGCGAAGAAAUCCGAAGCCUUUGACGCAGAAUGCAAAAACGUGAAGACUCUGAGCACCUUUGUUCCAGGGGCUGAGAGAACCGACGCCGGCGAUAUUCAUACGUUGAGCAUUCCUAGUCUGCCCGAGGGCGCUGAGGCGCGAACUCUCUGCUACCAGUGCGAACCAGUAACUAGUCUGGGUGGCACGAUUGCUGACAAGGGCUGCCAAUUCCGAAUUACUGUAAAGGCCGCUGAGGCAUCGGGGUCGGUCGUGGGUGUUUCCCCUGGUUCUGCGGCUGUGCUCUUGUGGGUUGUCGGAGCAGUUUUUGUUGGUGCCAUGAAUGCAGAUUGA